AUGUCCUCUACCUACGCCGUCUUUCCUUCGACGGAUCAAAUUGAACAGUCACACGGGACCCUAGAACAGGACAGCCAGCAAUAUCAGCAGUAUCUUUCACCAUCCACUCCGACGUACGCUUCUCGGAACAGCAAUUUGACUGCCAUCUCACCUCAGCUGAAUAACAACAUAACCUCGCCCGUGUCGAAUCAGAACACGCCAGCCGAGUCCAUCGCCAGCAUUCAUUACCAAUCCAGCGAGUACGACGACAACGAUAUCUUUUGCAGCGUUAACUUUGACGCUGUAGAAAGAGCAACACCCUCAUUUCUAGAUGAACAAGUUGAUCCUCUUUCGGUACCUCAGUCCCCUGCUGGACCGGAGCAAGCCUCCCCUUAUCUCGAGCAAACCGUGUCCCAGGCUACCCAACAAACACUAUCUUACAGCCCGCUGAGCCCAGAUAACGCUCCUUCGUCUGCCAGAGGAUAUUCUAGCGGAGCAGACAAGGAAGCUCCUAUCUCGCAGGGCAUGCUUUCCAACUCUGCUGACGCGUCUCCGAUGACGCCUCAGAAUUCCUCGACGACACACCCACAGCAGCAAAGCAAGCUGGGCCCCGCUCCGCUGACCCGUGAAACGUUUGCCAACGGGCAUUUGGGGCAGCCAAACAUCACCUCUCCUUCUCAUGGCAUAAAUCCCACGAGCCCUCGUAUUACCAUCUCACAUUGGCCGGACGACCCGGAUAGAGAGACCCUGGCUUCCGACGAUGCGGACAAAGAUAAGGGAAGCUCUGGAUUGCCAUCCACAUGCUUCCCCCGCGAUGAGUCCGGUCGCUGGAUUCCCAAUCCAACUACCGGACAGGGUGGUGUAGACCCAUCGCAACGAACUGACGAGGAAGUUCCAAGCCUAAACGAUUAUGAGAAGCAGCAAAAGGAAAGGGAACAGAAGGAGAGGACCCAACGAAUGGUUAAUGACUGGUUGCAUAGCUUUGAACCUGCAGCGUUUGCAGCUGGUGAGAACCCCGGGACCGAGGAGCCAACAGCAGCGUCUCCGACGAACAGUGAUGACGAUGGCAUUCCCAACCACGAUGUUUCUCUAGGCCAUUUGACCCUCAACAUUCCCAAGCCUGGAGAGAUAUUCUUCACCCCGUUUGGACGCGAUUUCAACGACAUUGAUCGGGACCUCUUGGCGCAAACCGCUGGCCCUUUUAGCGACAAGCCCGUCCCGAUCAUCAGGCAGCCAGAAAAGGAUGAGGCCCGUUAUCAACCGCAGACGGCUAACGAGGCCAUAAAGAAGAUGAAUGACCAAUACGACAGGUUCGAUACGAUCUCACGCCAGGCCACAUGUGGCACGGGCCGGUUCAGCUUGCUAGAGGCCUUGGAUGUGGUAGCACUGGGAAACGCCCUCGCACAGGUCAAAAUCCGCGAGGGCGAAGAUGAUCGUGAAGAAAAGCCCCGGCGUUCGACUUUCGCAGAACUUUUGACUUUCGUGGAAAAUCUGACUUACAGGGAGGCCCGGAAUAUACUGCAUGCUUGGCGCACCAAGCAGAGUGCUGGUCCCGGUGCGAACAAACGGUCUCGUAAUGAGAGCGACGGCAGCUCGUUUCACACCGAAUCCACGAUGGACAAGAAAGACCGGAGAGAGAGUCAAAGCAAGCUGAACUCUAUUGUCGCGUCGAAGUCGGCGCGGUUUAAGAAGCAGAGCGUGCCUAACAUCGAUACCGCUGUUGUUGGUGUGGGCAGCAGUAUAGCAGCUGUGGGCACAUCCCAUGCCCGAACCGGAUCCGUCAGCGCAGCUCCUCCCGCGACCUCUCCCAAGAGUCCGAUCAGGAGGUCUUUUAGCUUCACCAAACCAAAAGAUCGUUUUCGCAGCAAGUCGGACGUUACAGCGCCUGGGAACAUAAGUGAGCUGCUGAGGAAGAUGGGUGGCCCGCCCGUGGUGAACCUGGGCAAUCCUGCUGCCCCCGUACCGGACGUAACGGCAGACCCAGGCAUCCCGAGUGGCGCCGGCACCGAUGAUGAAGACGAAGACGAGGACGAUGAUUCUGCCUCUCAGGAUGGAGAAGCCGGCCCUUCGCAAGAAACGGAAACUAAGACGGAAUCGGCGAAGCUCAUCGAAGAGAUCACGCCUACCAUGGAGGGCUUCCGUCAGCACAUCCUGAGGCUCAAUCCGUAUCUGGUUACACACAACCAGUACCUCGUUGAUCGCCUUGCACACCAUCAGGUCAUCCGAUACAAGCAACUUCUUACGGCGCGGCAGAAGCACCUGCGAGCCGGGACCAACUGCCUCUCGGGCUCCAUGUGCAUCGCUAUGGGCGGCAGGGCCAACAUCCUGGACGCGAAGGGCGACCCCCGAAGUGUCAACCCGCUUGAUGGCGCGGACGGGGAUGUCAGUCCCUUGGAGGGUGCUAUCACUCAAGAAAACUUUCCCGAGGACAUCCCUAUGCCGCCGACCAAUGUGUUGCCCGCAGAGUUCGAGUGCCAGCUGUGCUUCGCGACGAAGAAGUUUCAGAAGCCGUCCGACUGGACUAAGCACGUCCACGAGGAUGUACAACCCUUCACAUGCACGUGGGAGCACUGCCCGAGCCCCAACAAGCCGUUUAAGCGCAAGGCCGACUGGCUGCGACACGAGAACGAGGGCCAUCGACACCCGGAAUGGUGGCAGUGUGAGCUCCAAGAGUGUAAUCAUAUCUGUUACCGCCGCGAUAACUUCAUCCAGCACCUGGUGCGCGAGCACAAGCUGCCCGAGCCGAAGAUCAAGUCUAAGGCUGCCGUCAAGAAACAGCCCCUCGUGCACACCGACCCAACGUUGUCCAAGGUCGAGGCAUGGCAUCACACGACGAACGCGCUGCCGAAUGAUGAGCAUUGCCGCUUCUGCGGCCGGAGCUUCCCGACCUGGAAGAGGUUAACGGUGCACCUGGCUAAGCACAUGGAGCAGAUUAGCUUGCCUGUUCUUAAGCUCGUUGCCAAGCAGCCGCUCAGCGAGGAUACCGUCAUCAGCCCCGUCCAAGACCCUCCUCCGCGCCAUUUCUUCCCCCCGAAGCAGGAGUCCGCCCAUCACACACACCAGCCGCAGCACCAACCAAAUGCGUUCAUGCCUUCUUCAACCAUACCCCAUCAAGGCCCAUUGCCUCGUGGAUCCCCAGGCCCGAUCCAAGGCUUCCCGCACCAACCACAGCCGUUCAUGUAUGCGAUCCCGAGUCCGCCGCCCGCGGGGGGCUAUGAUCCAGCGCCCACUCUGUACAGUCCACCGGCCUUCAGCGACCCGUCCCACGCCCUCGCGGCCCAAGCACAAUUCUUCCCAUCUCAUCCGCAAACGGCGCAGCCGUCCCCCGUGGUCAACACCCACGUCUUCCAAAGCCUCAAUUCACAGACUGCUGCGGCUUUCUCGGCUACCCCGACUCCCUCGACCCCAGUCCCUCCAGCAAACGCGGUAUUCCAUCACAUGUCGCCAAUGACGCCCGUGUCGGGCGUGCAGGCGACACCGGUUGCGACUACAGGAGCAGCAUAUAUGCCUCUGUCAGGAGUGUCCAUGCCGGUUGUCGGGGGCACGAUGUCGCCGGAGCUGGACCCGUUCCCGGCGCUGGGUGGUAUGCCUGGGCUCCAUGGCAUGGGUGAUACGAACAGGAUGAACGGGGUUAUGGGUGUUGGCAAUAGCCUGGGGUUGCAGCAGGGCGCGGCUGCGGGCUUGGGACUUGGCGUGGUCGGCGAGCUGGAGCAGCAACAGGGCUCUAUUUCGCCUUCGCAGGUGGCUGGCUCAAGGUUUUAUCACCAUCCAGCUAGUCAGCAAACUAGCAGUUGA